UUAAAAAAAUUAGCUCCAACACAACAAACUACUGCUUCUAUCCAUUUACUGGUUUCAAUUAAUUGCCCAACACCCAAAAUUUCAUACAUCUUUCACUCAUCUUUCCCAACCCUCUCAGCUGGUUCAAAACCAAACCAGAAACGAAAACAAAGAGUGACCCAAAGACAUAAUUGGACUGCUCUUUCAACAUGGCGGGUGUUCUUCUUUGGGUGAUAACUCCCAAAGAGAAUGCCACCGCUUUACUUAGAUUCAUACCAAGAAGUGGGAAACAGAAGGGGUCUAGGUUGUGUCCAGGACUGAAGUUUUCAACUGGGGUCUCAGCAGCCUUAUCAAGUGCAGUCGCUAAUCCGGCGAGAUCCUCAGAGCAGAAGGUCUAUGAGGUGGUGUUGAAGCAGGCUGCUUUGGUCAAAGAACAGAGGCAAAAGAAAGCUUUGGAUUUGAAAAGAACUCAAAAAAAUAGUUGUGGGAGCAUUACCCGUGAUAGUUCUCACAUUAAAAGCCAACAAGUUCCAUCUCAUUGGUACUAUACUUAUGACGCCAGGAGCGUCGGAGAGCUGUUGGUGGGCAAUUUUACUGUUGUAAUCAAUAUAUCCCUCUAUUGUGCAGUGUGGUGUCGGAGGACUGAUGAGCUUGUGGAUGGACCUAAUGCUUUACACAUUACGCCCAGGGCUCUUGACAGAUGGGAGAAAAGAUUAGAUGACCUUUUCGAAGGUCGUCCGUAUGAUAUGCUUGAUGCUGCUUUGUCUGAUACUGUCUCAAAGUACCCUGUAGACAUACAGCCCUUCAAGGACAUGAUAGAGGGAAUGAGGUUAGAUUUGAGGAAAUCAAGAUAUAAGAACUUUGAUGAGCUUUACCUUUAUUGCUACUAUGUUGCUGGGACAGUUGGACUAAUGACUGUCCCAGUAAUGGGGAUUGCACAUGAAUCGAAGGCAUCGACAGAGAGCGUCUACAACGCGGCAUUAGCCCUUGGAAUUGCUAAUCAGCUUACUAAUAUACUAAGAGAUGUUGGGGAAGAUGCUAGGAGAGGAAGAAUAUAUCUACCACAAGAUGAAUUGGCACAAGCCAGCCUAUCAGACGAUGACAUAUUUCGCGGACAAGUGACAGACAAGUGGAGAAAUUUUAUGAAAGAUCAAAUAAAACGAGCAAGGAUGUUCUUUGAUGAGGCUGAAAAAGGUGUUGCAGAGCUAAAUGCUGCUAGCAGAUGGCCAGUGUGGGCAUCACUGUUGCUAUAUCGACAGAUCUUAGAUGCCAUUGAAGAAAAUGACUAUAACAAUUUCACCAAAAGAGCUUAUGUAGGGAAAGCAAAGAAAUUUGCAUCACUCCCAGUGGCCUACGGAAGAGCACUUACGGGUACUUCCAAGUAG